AUGAGCACACAGCCGACCUGGAACUGGGACCUUCCAGUCGAGAGCGACUCGGCGCCGGAUGGCCCGGGCAAUCCCGGAACUGACACCAGAAGAGGACACUACGGACCGAGAACAUGCCGCAUAUGCCUCGACACUGAGCAGCCCAAAUAUCCAUCGAACGUGACGUCUACUUUGGGCUUCUCCUCAGCGUCUUCCCGCCCGUCCUAUGUUUCCGACGACCCCGAGCUGGGCCGAUUGCUGUCGCCCUGCAAAUGCAAGGGCUCGCAAAAAUAUGUUCACGAAGGGUGCCUCAACUCCUGGCGACUGACCAAUCCCAUGGCCGCAAGGAACUACUGGCAGUGCCCAACGUGCAAGUUCAACUACCGGCUGGCGCGACUGCACUGGGCUUCCAUGCUGAGCAGCAAGUGGGCGCAAGUGGCCUUGACUCUUACUGUCGUUGUCAUUGGAAUAUUCUUGCUGGGCUUCAUCGCAGACCCCAUACUGGAUCUAUGGUUUGAUCCAGUGGGCACAAUCAGCGACACGGUCUCGAGCGUUGUGGCAGACGUCGAAGCCCUGAAGCCCUCGCGGCAUGAAGAGCCUGCCUCGUGGACAGAUCAUUUUGCCAAGGGCUUUUUUUCCCUCGGCUUUGUUGGCUUUGUCAAGUCGUUGGUUGCAAUGGGCCCCUGGCAGUGGUUGAAUCUCCGGACCAGCGGCCUGUUGGGCUCAGGUCGUCGGCGCGGGACCGGAAGAGCGAGAAUGGACAACUUCAACCUCGUGUUUGUCCUCAUUGGUGCCUUUACGUUCCUCAUGGCGAUAUGGAAGGCCGUUCGGGCGAUAAGCACGCGGGUGCUCAACAAUGUGAGCGACAAGGUGCUCGAUGUAAGUGAGGAUGAUGACGAUGACGAGGUCGGGGACGAAGCAGGCCCGGGCACGAAAAAGGAUCAGUGA